GAAUAUCCGCUCGAGGCAAUUUUGCCGCGUCUUACCAUAUCUGACAUUAAUUUUUUCGACUCUACCGGACUUUUCCAUUUGGGAAAACAAUUUAAUACCAACGGCAAUUCUACGCGACUCGUUGGGUGGUGCGAGGCUAAUCAAGCCGUCAUUUCAGAGAUGGAGAGUAGCCCAAACGAACAAGCAAAAAAAGAGACAUCUAUUGCCAAAUCACGCACCAGUCGCGCGUGUGAAAUAUGCCGAGCGCGCAAAGUGAAGUGCAAUGGGGUACAACCAUGUUCUAACUGCUGGCAACACGGGCUUGAUUGUGUAUUCCGGACAGGGGCCCCCAGGACGUCCCGUCGAAAGCGGCCUGUACCCUUCCCUUGUUUGCCAGCCUUUCGGGUCAAGCCUCCCAACCAGCAACCAUCUCCUGUCAAAACUACCCAUGUUCGAUAUGACCCCACUCAACUGAAGAGACAAACAGAGUUGCGUGCAGGAAUUGGUGUUUCAAACAAUAAAACCGGCUCGUUCCAGUUCCAUGGGCCCUCAUCUCAUUUCAAUUUCAUUCAACGUGUUUAUCAACGAAUACAUCAAACAGCCAAUGGAACCUUUGAUCAGCAGAAAAAAGCUAUACCGGGUGGCCUGCAGAAAUGGGGCCUGGAGCCUUUUAUUUUCUCCGCCGGGUCCAACGCAGUCAAGCCAACCCGCCAGUAUCAAGGAAUUGUUCUUACUAAGGCCCAAGGCGAUAUAUUCUUGAAAUCGUAUUUUAGGAUUAUUCAUCCCCAGGUGCCAAUUAUGUCCCGGUCUGACAUUUGUUCAACCUGGGAGGAAUGCUGCGGUCCUCCAACUUCAAGUUUGGAGACGGAUUGUUGGUCCCAAAAGAUUCUAUAUAUGGCGCUUUCUUUAGGUGCCAGGGUUUCGCAGCCAACAAGCGAAUUGACAGCAGAUGGAUUAGAAAAAUGGGCUGACUAUUUCUCGUCUCAAACCAACGACCUUGCUCUGGUCUUUCAAGAACCCAGUUUCAAAGUUCUUCAAUUUUUGUUACUGAAGGCGAUGGAUUCAUUGCAAGCAAUGCGCCCCAACGAAGUAUAUCUAUUUCUCGGACACGCUGCGCGGACUGCCCUUGCUCUAGGCAUCAACAAGAGCCAGGUGGCUAAUGGAAAUAGCCUCAACAUGCAUCGCCUGCGAGUCACUUUCUGGGCUGUGUAUGCAAAUGAGAGAAUGAGUGCUCUAUUCACAGGGCGCCCAUCGGGCCUGGUCGACGAUCAUAUUGACGUCGCCUAUCCAGAGGAUCUACCCGCAUUGGAAAACUUACGGUCGUUUCGAGAUAUAGAGAGUGAUCGACCCACAAAGGAAUGUGCUAUGAUUCGUUCGAUGGCGGAAAUAGGCCGCUUGGCAGAAGUAAUUGCCAAGAAGGUUUACUCUUCCCUCAGUAUGAAGACUUUGGAGAACCUAGCAAACAUUCAAAAUGUCGUUCGGGAAUGCGAUACUUCACUUGACCUCAUGACGCAGUCUUUACCUCCCUACUUGCAUUUCUUUGAUGGAACAAGUCACAUUGGUCAAGAUUGGCAAGAGGUUCAGCGCGCUCACCUUGGACUGAACUUCAAUCUCAUACGAAUGCUCGCACACCGUCCGGCUCUGGUAUAUACUUCGUUGUUCGUGUCAAAGACGGGCGUCAGAAGUGAGAUAUCCGAUGCCAUGUGUAUUGACAAAUCAGUUACAGCAUGCAUCAUAGCUGGCAAGGAGAUUGUGACAAUCUGCAAUGAUGUCAUUUUUAAUCGGUUGCCUGCCAUUCGGAACGAUGCCUCUGUGGCUGCAUUUCUUGUGGCUGCUUGCGUGACUCUGCUCUACGAGAUCAUCGGCCCUGGUGCAGAUCCUGUGCAUGCUAAGGAAAUUUUAGGUUUCGUGGAUCAAGGAGUUCAUUGUCUUGAUCAGAUGGAGCAUAUCGGACCAACAACGGGAAAGGCUCUCAGUGUUGACGUGAUGAAUUGUGUUAAAGAAGCUUUCCAAUGCUCCAGCGAAGAAAUCCCCCAGUUUGACAGUCUCGUUAGUGAGUUUCCGUGGCUCAGGUAUGUUUUGCCCUUAUUUCUAGUUGGUCUACUAUAA